CCUCUUUCUCUGGCAUUCAUUUCAUACAGAAUAGAGGACACUGCGUAAACCUAACAAUUGCUUUGAUGGGUAAUUGCUUAGCUAUUGAAGGAAAAGUCAUCAAAAUCAUCAAGAAAGAUGGUGAAGUACUCCAGUACAGUGCGCCAUUACAGGUUCAGCAUGUUCUUUCUGUUUUCGAAGGCCAUGUUAUUGCCGAAUCACCGGCUGCUUCUCAUCAUCUUCAACCGGGAGCUCAUCUGCGAGGAGGCAGGCUCUACCACCUUCUCCCAGUCUCUUCACCUGAACCUGCAGAAACACAGCAGAGCCCUGUUUUUACAUCGACUGCAUUAAAAGAUCGUGCAGGUACUUGCUAUGGCAGAUCCGCCUGUGGCGGUGGAAGGCUGAUAAGAGUCAAGCUCGUUGUGACAAAGCAGCAGUUGGCGGAUAUGCUGAACAAGGGAGUGUCCAUGGACGACAUGAUCUCAGGCCAAUGGAAAGGAACGUGUGACUAUGAUCAGAGCUUUGAUUCUCCAAAUUCUAGGGGGUGGACGCCUUCACUGAGAAGCAUACCGGAAGCAUCUGAUGAGCUGCUAGAACUGUCAUGAUAUCUAGAUAUUCAGAAACAUACUCGCUAGCUUCUCAGAGAAACACAAGACAGUAGAAUGCCCAAGUAGAAUGAACCUGUAAUUGUUGAAAUUACUUGAUCACAAGCUAUAGUUAAUGAAAUUGUCUUCAAAUUUCAUGAAGUGAACUGUGGAACUCCAUUAAUUCCA